CAUUAACCUCACUUUAAUUUAAAUAAAAAUAUCCACGUAUCGAAAAAAAAAUCCUUAUUAAUGCCACUAGUCAAAUCGUAAUGUUAUAAUGUUUUACUUAAAGCUGCCUACUAAGUCAUAGAAACAUAUUGUGAUAUGGAAAGAUAGAAUUUAGUUUGAUCCAAUGGAAAAUAAUAUUAGAUUAAAUUUGCUUAAUGAAGAUGAAACUGUCCCAUCCAGAGAUUGGAGAAAGGCGCUACGUUCUCAGCCAGCGUACCGCAUCGUGAAUAAAACCAUUAGAGGUCAGACUCAGUUUAUCAGUAUUGUGGGCUUUGUCGGGCUCUGCAUCUUAAUUAUUCUGUAUAUGUACCCGAAAAGAGGCUCAAGCGGUUUGAGAAGUGCGUAUUUAGGUACCGGUUAUAAUUAUACUUAUCCUUUAACAAGGCCUAUAAAGACAGAUGCUCUACAUACAUUUCGGAUAGGUAUAAUAGCCGAUUUAGAUACAAGUUCCAAACAUACUAAAGAGAAAGCAACAUGGUAUUCGUAUUUGAAAAUGGGUGAUCUCAACUACAAUCCAACGACACAUACUGUGAUGGUCUCAUGGGAUAGAUCAGAACCCAAACAGCUGAGCAGCAGUUUUUCAUUAAAAGACAGAGGUAUGGAACUAUCAGAGUUGGUUGUUUUCGAUGGGAGAUUGUUAACGUUUGAUGAUAGAACUGGACUUAUUUAUGAAAUAGUUAGACAUGAAAAAAUGGUUCCAUGGGUAAUAUUACUUGAUGGAGAUGGAAGUUCCUCAAAGGGCUUUAAGUCAGAAUGGGCUACUGUAAAAAAUGAAAUUUUAUAUGUUGGUUCAAUGGGAAAAGAGUGGACAACAGCAAGUGGAGAUUUUCAAAGUAACGAUCCUCAGUAUGUCAAAACUGUUACUCCAAAGGGACAGGUCAGCCAUGUAAAUUGGGUCAAAGAAUAUAACAGAUUAAGAGAAGCAAUAGGAAUAUACUGGCCUGGUUAUAUGAUACAUGAAAGUGGUGUGUGGUCAGACGUACAUAGAAAAUGGUUCUUUUUACCUCGAAGGUGUAGUAAAGAACAGUAUAAUGAAUCUUUAGAUGAAAGAAGAGGAUGUAAUGUCCUUUUGUCAGCUGAUACUAACAUGUAUGAUGUUAGUGUAGUGGAGCUUAGCACAAAGAACAUUAGAGGAUUUUCUAGCUUUAAAUUUGUGCCCAGCUCAAAUGACCAUGUAAUUGUUGCAUUGAAAACUGAAGAACUUGAAGGGAAAACAGCUACAUACAUUACAGCGUUUACUAUAAAAGGAGAAAUUGUACUUGAAGAUUCUUUUAUAUCAGACCUAAAAUAUGAGGGUAUUGAGUUUAUAUAAUAUUCAGAUUAAUUAGCUUUCAAUUUGUCUAUUGUGUAAACUAAGAUAAUGUCACAGUAUAAAACUGUAGGGUGAAUUUAUUCUAUAAUGUUUUUCAAAUCCAUCUAUUAUAUACUUCAUCAAUAAACAUUAUAUAUAUAUUUUUUCAAUUUAUGUUCAUCAUUUCUAAUAAAGAAAAUGUUAAGUGUU